CAAUAUUAUACAAAAGUUAAUCAAUGAAAAGCGUCUCCGGUGACCGGUCAGCCUCAUUUGAAUUUUCAUUGCAUUUGCCGGUGUCCGUCCAAUUUUCAAAAUUAAUCCAAAAGUAUUAUCAAACAUAAAAUACAAUGUCAGUUCAAACCAUUUUACUGGAUUUUUCUUUGGAUCCAGCUCGCUUAGGUGAUGAAAGUGGUCAGAAAACAGUAUUUAGUCACCUGGAAACAGUGCUUAAAGAUUAUGUUCCUAAUCUUAUAUUAGCGGCCGAUAUUAAAAUAGAUGAUGGCUCUUUGAAACUAUUAACUGGUAAACGGGGUACAACGGUGUCCGUUAGAUUAUUUGAUCGAGGUCUAGUCACCGUAAAUAUUGAAUAUUAUAAGGAAGACUCUGAAGAACCAUUAAUCAACUUCAAGUCGACCAAGUUAUUGGAAAGCCAGCUGCAAAAAUACAUCACAGUCAUAAAAUCUCAGCCGUACCCAUCUAUAAAGCGUUGCUUAUUCAGCAAGUAUUACACCACUUCAGACGAACGACUGCUCGAGUACGAUAUCGAUGGCGUUGUCUUCGAUGAGCGCUCGCCCUUCCAGCGGGUGCAGGUUGUUCAUUCCAGAACAUUCGGGAACAUGCUGGUGCUGGAUGACCUGCAAAAUAUCUCAGAGGCUGACCUUAUUUACACUGAAACUUUGAUGCAGAGAGGAAAAGAGAGCUACGAGGGAAAAGAAAUUAUUAUUCUAGGUGGCGGCGACGGUGCUCUACUGUACGAGCUAUUGAAAGAGAAUCCCAAGUACGUGUGGAUGUUGGAGAUAGAUGAAGUCGUGAUGAAAGCCUGCAACAAGCACCUGCGGAGUAUCUGCGGAGACGUGCUCGAGAGGAGACAGGGUCGGAACUACGAGAUAAUAGUAGAGGACUGCAUGGUUACGAUAGACAAGCUGUGCUCCCAGAACCGCAAAGUGGAUUUUGUGUUUGGUGACCUCACCGACAUCCCGAUAUCCGAGUCCCCCGGCGGAGAGCUGUGGGAGUUCAUGAUCAACAUACUGGAUGCUGCCUUCAGGGUACUCAAACCGACGGGCAAGUUUAUGACCCAUGGCAACGGCGCGACCUCCCCCGCUUCACUUGAACUGUACGAGCGCGUGCUGAACGACAUGCAGCCAAAAGUUGCCUUCCAAAAAUGCAAGGCGUUCGUGCCAUCCUUCCUCGAAGACUGGAUCUUCUACCAGAUAGGUUUCCACGACCAGAAGUGAUGCUCCGCCGAUAGUAUUAAUCACACGGGUAUUUAUAUAAUUUGACCUUGAUUGUAUUAUUUCUGAUUCGGGCGCUCCAUAUUUAGUCGAAUGUGAAUAUUAUUUGUUUAAGGUUACAUACAUUUGUGAAAGAAAAAUAAAUACUAAUAUAUAUAUGAUUCUGUACAUUUCUUUAAUGUGAUAAUAAUUAUUAUUUUUUAAUCUAAAACGUCACAGCGACAGAAAUAACUAUAACAGAUCGCCUAAGCAGAAUAAAUUUUGAACACAUUUACAUAAUCACAAUUUUUAAUAAUUUCUCUUGAACAAUAAAUUUGAAUUUAGAAUAAUUAUAAAUCAGCAAAAUGUAUUACAAUUAUGUCACAAACAAUUCAGUGUCAUCUGAGACAAAAUAUUAGGAAAAUGUCUGUGUGUGGGCCGCCUUAUACUUGAUUAAUGUCUAACAUAGUCAAGGAUUGUCUUUCACUGUACAUGUAGUUGUUGAAGACAUUUAAUACCAAAACGACCAAGCCAAGAUGCAUUGUAGUAUUACUAGGUAUAGUUUAGGUUUAAGACUUAAGUGCAGCAUUCACUGUAGAACACUUAUUAGCUUGUUUUUUGUUCGACAAUAAAAUUAUUAGAAGACAU